CAUUUUUUGUGAUUAAUGGAUGUUGAGGUUGUUGAACCAGACAUGGCUCUAUUGUCUGUUGACAAAGUAACCGAAAUAGACAAAUCAAUUCUCUUUUAUAAGGACAAUGGAACACUAGACAAAGAUCCACUCCAUUGUGUACCCAUUGAAGUUGCUUCAAAUGUUGAGGAACCGGAUAAGGGAGAAGAGAAUAAUGCAUCGGAUGCCAUCUUCCCAAAGGAUGCAGUUGAUGAGUGGCCUGCACCUAAGCAGAUCCACUCUUUUCAUUUUGUUAGGUAUCGCCUUUACGAAGACCCAGCGAUAAAAGUCAAAAUCGAUCAGGCUGAUAAAGAGGUACAAAAGUGGAAUAAAGCCAGGUUUAAGCUAACCGAGGAAUUAAAAGCGAACAGGUCCGAACGAUCAGAGUUGCUUUCUCAAGUGAGAGCCCUGAAUGCUGAUUUUGAGCAAUUUAAGACGAUUCUAGAUGAGAAAAAGAAGGAAAUAGCACCACUGCAGCAGGCUUUAGCCAAGCUUCGCAAUAAUAGAGACGCUGAUGGUCGUGUUGGUAUAUGUUCAUCUGAGGAAGAGCUUGAUUUUAUUAUCCAUAGCUUGCAAUAUCGCAUUCAGCAUGAAAGCAUCCCAUUGACUGAAGAGAAGCAACUCCUUAGAGAAAUCAAACAACUAGAGGGAACCCGCGAACAAGUUAUUGCUAAUGCUGAAAUGAUAUCAAAGAUUCAGGACUCAUUAGGCCAAAAAGAAGUCAUUCAAGAUCAAGUUAAACUUAUGGGUGUUGAUUUGAAUGGAGUAAAGAAGCAGCAGCAAGCAAUCUGGUCCAAAAAAAGGCAAAUUAAAGAUAAAUUGGAUGUUAUUGAGAAUAAAAUGGAGUCUUUACAGAAGGAGCUGGAAGCUGUGACCCAGAAGAGGGAUGAAGCAUAUGGAAAUAUUCAGGAUCUGAGAAAAGAACGUGAUGAAGGGAAUGCUCCCUUUUACCAGAGUCGUUCAGCUGUAAACAAAGCUAAAAUGCUUGCUGCAGAAAAAGAUAUAACGGCUCUUGAGGAGUUCUUGACUGCAGAGGUUGAGAAGUUCAUGGCUCUCUGGAAUGGCAAGAAAGCCUUCAGAGAUGAUUAUGAGAAAAGAAUUCUGCCAUCCUUGGACAGUCGGCAAUUGAGCCGGGAUGGCCGGAUAAGGAAUCCUGAUGAGAAACCACUGGUUGCACCCGAGAAACCGGUGCAAUCUGAAACGGAAACAAUUCUGAGACCUAGUGUAAGACAACCAAAGAAAGAAGCCAAAUCAGGUCCCCAACCAGAUUCCAUACACCCCAAAAAGGUUGCAAAAGAUGCAGAGACUAAACUAAUGGAAUUAAAAUACUCGUCAGAGUAUAGUGUUGUAGCGGAAGAGAUCUUGGGAUCUGGCAAGUUGCAAAAGGACACUUCUGCGGACAAGGAAGUCGAUGAGGCCAAACUGAAAGAUUUGAAGAGACAACAGGAAAUGGAAAAAGCAAAGCAUGCCAUGGAAAGGAAGAAGAAAUUGGCUGAGAAAGCAGCAGCCAAAGCUGCUAGAAGAGCUCAAAGGGAAGCUGAAAAGAAGCUCAAGGAGCGUGAAAAGAAAGCAAAGAAGGCAGCAGCAUAUCCCGAGGAAUCAUCCGAAGCUGUGGCACAGGAUUCAGAAACUGAGAAGGUCGAUUUCACUCCUGAUGCACCUGUUACCGCUCCUGUUUCAGUGAAGGAUAAAGUACCUAAGGGGAAUAAUGCUAGGUACAGGAAUCGAAAUAAAGAAUUUGAGUCACUUCCACGAGCCAUCCUGAAACGUAGGAAGUCGACCAACUACUGGAUAUGGGCUGCCCCUGCUGCGAUGGUGCUGAUACUUCUAGCAAUGAGCUACUACUAUCUUGUCUGAAGAAGUUUUAACUUGAAUGGAACUGGGAGUGAUGGAUAACAUUUUUGGUCGAUCAUAUAUGUUAGUAGCUAAGUCCCAUGAAGGAUGGACAAAAAAAAACAUAAUGUUGCUUCAGUUCAAUCUGAAUGCUUUU